GAUGCAGCAUCGCGGAGGUGGUUACGGAGCGGGCCCUUCCAACUCUAUAAGCAAUCACUCUUUCCAGCGGUUCUUUCGACGUCGUAACUAUAUCCAGGUCUACGUUUCGUAACACGUGAUCCCUGCCCGCGCUCUCACGGACUGGCUACAACAAGCCACGUCUCCCCCAUCCCACCCCUCCACAACAAUACACAUAAGCUGCGAAGAUGCGUCUCGACGUGAAGAGGCAGCUCUUUGCGCGCUCGGAGAGAGUCAAGGGCAUUGACUUUCACCCGACCGAGCCAUGGAUCCUUACAACCUUGUACAGCGGACACGUUCACAUCUGGUCGUACAUUUCGCAAUCGAUCGUCAAGACAUUCGAGCUCACCGAUGUUCCCGUUCGCGCUGGUCGCUUCAUUGCGAGGAAGAACUGGAUUGUUGCAGGUUCCGAUGACUUCCAAAUGCGCGUAUACAACUACAACACCUCCGAGAAGGUCACAUCGUUCGAGGCACACCCAGACUACAUCCGCGCAAUUGCUGUGCACCCCACACAGCCCUUUGUGCUGACCGCCAGUGAUGAUAUGACAAUAAAGCUGUGGGAUUGGGAGAAGGGCUGGAAGUGUGUGCAAGAGUUCGCCGGCCACCAGCACUAUGUUAUGGGCAUUGCCAUCAAUCCCAAGGAUCCCAACACGUUCGCCUCCGCUUGUCUCGACCGAACAGUGAAGAUCUGGUCGCUCGGGAACUCAACACCCAACUUUACUCUCGAGGCGCACGAGACCAAGGGUGUCAACUUCGUCGACUACUACCCUCAAUCCGACAAGCCCUACCUCCUCACAACGUCCGACGACAGGACCGUCAAGGUGUGGGAUUACACCACAAAGGCGCUUAUUGCGACGCUCGAAGGCCACACGUCGAACGUCAGCUUCGCUGUCUACCAUCCCGAACUCCCUGUGAUUAUCUCUGGAUCUGAGGACGGCACAAUCAAGAUCUGGCACUCGUCUACAUAUCGCCUGGAGCAGUCAUUGAACUACGGUCUGGAGCGAUCAUGGUGUGUAGCAUCUCAGAAGAGCAAGAACGGCAUUGCGCUUGGUUUCGACGAUGGAGCUGUGGUCAUCUCAAUGGGUCGUGAAGAGCCAGCGGUCAGCAUGGACACCGGUGGCAAGGUUCUGUGGGCGAAGCACAACGACAUUCUAGCGGCUACAAUCAAGGGCAACGACCAAUUGAAGGACGCGGAACGUCUCACAUUACCCUCCAAGGACCUGGGCUCGACCGAAAUCUAUCCUCAGUCUUUGAUCCACUCGCAGAACGGUCGUUUUGUCGCUGUCUGCGGUGACGGCGAAUACAUCAUCUACACCGCUCUCGCGCUCCGUAACCAGGCUUUCGGUUCCGCACUGGACUUCUGUUGGGCAUCGAAGGACCACGACAAGGACUAUGCAAUUCGCGAGUCUGCCACUAGCGUCAAGAUCUUCCGCAACUUCAAGGAGCGAAGCGUCUUGAACGUCGGUUUCUCUGCUGACGGGUUGAGUGGUGGUGUUCUGCUGGGCGUUAAGGGCCAAGGUGGCAUUGGCUUCUACGACUGGGAUUCUGGUGCUCUUGUUCGAAGGAUAGAAGUCGAACCCAAGAGUGUCUUCUGGUCCGAAAGCGGCGAGCUCGUCACACUGGCCACAGAAGACACAUACUAUGUUCUGCGAUUCUCGCGGGAAAACUACUUGGAGGCGGUGCAGAAUGGCGAAAUCGAUGAGGAUGGCGCUGAGUCUGCUUUCGAGGUUGUCUGCGAUAUCAACGAAAGCGUACGUACGGGUUGCUGGGUUGGCGACUGCUUCAUCUACACUAACAGUACAAACCGCCUCAACUACCUGGUCGGUGACCAGACCUACACCAUCUCCCACUUCGAUUCGCCACACUACGUUCUUGGGUACCUUGCUCGCGACUCGAGAAUUUACAUUGCCGACAAGGAUGUUAACGUCGUAUCGUUCGCUCUUUCGCUGUCGGUUGUGGAAUACCAGACGUUGAUUCUUCGAGGAGAGCUUGAAGCUGCCGAGGAGACAUUACCAUCUGUGCCAAAGGACCAGAACAACAAGAUCGCUCGAUUCUUGGAAGGUCAAGGGUACAAGGAGAUGGCCCUCAAGGUCGCCACCGACCCUGAGCACCGCUUCGACCUUGCCCUCUCAUUAGGUGACCUGCAGCAAGCCACCGAGAUCGCACGUGAGCAGGACACAGAGCACAAGUGGAAGACCGUUGGUGACGCUGCCCUGACCGGCUGGGACAUCAAGCUUGCGCAGGAGUGCUUCGUCAAGGCUAAGGAUCUGGGCUCAUUGCUUCUGCUCUACUCGGCCACCUCGGAUGAUUCCGGCCUACGCGAGCUUGCUUCUCUUGCCGAGACCGCAACAGCGAACAACGUUGCUUUCUCCGCACUUUGGCAGAUUGGUGACCUCCAGGCUUGUAUCGACUUGCUCAUUAAAACCAACCGCUUCGCCGAAGCUGUGCUUUUCUCGCAGACAUACAAGCCUAGCGCAACAGUAGGACUUGUCAAGCAAUGGAAGGCCAACUUGGACAAGGAGAACAAGAGCAAGGUUGCCAAGCUGAUCGGAGUACCUCCUCAGGAUGGCGAGGGCGACGAGGACAUGUUUCCUGAGUGGGAUGAGUACCUGCGCAUGGAGCGCGAAGGCGGAGUCGUUGAGGACCUCCUUGUGCAGGACGAUGAAGUCGAUGUGGAGGCCGAAGAGGAGGUUGCUGAGGCUGCCGAAGCUGUGGAGGAGGAGGAUAAUGAGGAGGAGGAAGAAGAAGAAGAAGAAGAAGAGGACGAUGAGUAGUUGAAUACCUCCAGGCUAUGCUUUGAUAGAGACAUGUUGAAGAACAUUUUGAUGAUCGGCUAGCGUUUGGCAUUGCUACAGUAGGGCGAAGACAAAAUGAUACGGAAUAUUUAUAAGUGCCUUGACGUUCGACUGCCUUC